AUGGUAUACCGCGUAAUGAUCUUCGCACCACGCAAGGCCACCAUCACACACGAGGAAUUCAAGACCCGCUACGAGCAGCACAUGCGCAUGGUAGUAACGGAUAUCUGCGGCGAUGCAGCACCGCUCUCGCACACGCGGUCAUAUCUGCAGCAUGACGCAAGAUCCAAUCCGAUGCUGCUGGCGGGAAGUGUUGACGAGACAUACGAUGCCGUUGUGACCAUGUCAUUCGAGGAUGAGGCUGCGUGGGGCAGGUUCUGUCGUUCGUUGGAUACGCCGGAGGCUAAGACGAUGAUUGAGGCUGACGAGGCGGGGUUUUGGGAUCGGGAGAGGAUGAAGGUUAUGGUUGCUGAGGAUGUAAGGGAGUUGGAGUAG